AUGCGCGGGGCCGUGCGUGUCUCGGUGGUGCUGCUCCUGGUGACGGUGUCGGACGGUGCGGUGAUCACGGGGGCCUGUGAGCGGGAUGUCCAGUGCGGGGCAGGCACCUGCUGUGCCAUCAGCCUGUGGCUGCGUGGGCUGCGGAUGUGCACCCCGCUCGGGCAGGAGGGAGAGGAGUGCCACCCUGUCAGUCACAAGGUCCCCUUCUUCAGAAAACGCCAGCACCACACCUGCCCCUGCCUACCCAACCUGCUGUGCACCAGGUACCCGGAUGGCCGGUACCGGUGCUCCACAGACUUGAAGAACAUCAACUUUUAA